CCAGCCGCCAGCCAGUGUUACCUUUGACGGUGGUUGGAGCGGUCGCCGGACGGUGGACCGUAGUGAUGUCGCCGUCGGCACUCGCGCUGCACGUCUGUCAUGUUGAAGUCGACUGUCGACUGUCGGGCUCGUUUGUGAACGAUAACGAUUAUUAGCAAUUACGGGAUCCGUAGUGACGAGCGCGGAUCGUGGAUCGUGUGCCACAUUACACGUUGGAUUUGGAUGUUACGGUUGGAUUGAUGGUGUGGUGACGAUUCGAUAUUGAGAACGAAACAGUGCACUUCCUAAUACACGAAGGAUUGCUUAGUGUUACCAUUUGGAUUUUUUUCACGGUGAUUUAGAGUGUGGAUUUUGCGACAAAAUAAAUGCCAGUGACUUAUCGAGUUUACAGAGUGGAUUUGUGUUAGUUACCGAGAGACAUGCAUCGUGUUUCAGGGGGUGCGUUCAGACGACAGGACGGCGUACACGGCUAACACGACUGGCUACCCGGGACAGGGCUACGGUUACUCUGACAGACAUCACCAACAUAACAUAGGACACAGAGGAAACGCGCCAAGCGGCUAUGGGUGCCCCGGCGGAGCGGGCGCGAUGAGCGGCGGAGGCGAGAACGCGCAGUUCGGCGCCACCGCCGCGAUGGUCGCCGCGGCCACCACGGCCGCGAUGCAGGACUCGCAGCCCUUCUCACAGAUGCAAAACAACAUGACGAUGGGAAAUCCCCAGUACAGUGCGAUGAAUGGCUACGGUCAACAACGCAGCCACAAUCCCGCGAUGACGGGAAUGGGGAUGGGUGGCAACGGCGGGAUGAACGGAAUGACCGGCAUGGGACAGAUGGGGAACGCCAUGACCGGCAUGAACCCCAUGGCUCAGAUGGCCAACAUGGGGAUGCACGCGAAUAUGAUCUCCUCUCAGAUGGGACCGGGGCAGAUGGGGAACUCCGCGAAGAUGGGCCCGGGGUAUCAGAGGCGGCACACGCCAUACCCCUCGGGGACGAUGAUUAUGGGUUCCCGAAAGACCCAAUACAUGGGCGGCCAACCCGGCUUCGGCCCGGCUCCCGCCCAGUACCAGACGGGUUACGGCGGACGGCCGGGCUUCCAGAGUCAGUAUCCGCCGCAGCAGCCGCUCGGAGCCAGUGGGAACUUCGGAUCGGGUAUGAGAGGCACCAUGAGACAAUCGACUCCGCCGUACUCUAACCAGGGACAGUAUUUUAACGGAGGAGUUCCUAAUCAAUUCCCACAGCAUCAGGCCGGUAACGGCCAGUAUGGAGCGCAGUACGGCGGACAGUUCGCGCAGGAAGUGGCCAUGAGAUCUAACAUGAGCUACCAGCACAGUCCGGUCCCCGGUAACCCGACGCCUCCUCUGACGCCGGCCAGUAGUAUGCCGCCCUACAUCAGCCCCAACGCUGACGUCAAACCUCACUUUAACGAGCUCAAACCACCGAUGGGCAUGCAGAAUGACGAGCUCCGGUUAACAUUCCCCGUAAGAGAUGGUAUCAUAUUACCACCUUUUAGAUUAGAACAUAAUUUAGCAGUUAGCAAUCACGUAUUCCAAUUAAAGCCUACGGUACAUUCAACAUUAAUAUGGAGAUCUGAUCUGGAGCUGCAGCUCAAGUGCUUUCAUCACGAAGACAGACAGAUGAACACCAACUGGCCGGCGAGCGUGCAGGUGUCCGUGAACGCCACGCCGCUCGUCAUCGACCGAGGAGAGAACAAGACGUCACACAAACCGCUGUACCUGAAGGAGGUCUGCCAGCCCGGGCGGAACACCAUACAGAUCACCGUCUCCGCCUGCUGCUGUUCGCACCUCUUCGUAUUACAAUUAGUCCACCGGCCGAGUGUGAGGAGCGUGCUGCAAGGAUUGCUGAGGAAGCGGCUGCUGACGGCCGACCACUGUAUCGCUAAGAUCAAGAUGAACUUCAACCAGUCGCCGGCUCAGAACAACAGCUCGAGCGCGCCCAGCGACAGGGACGGCGUGGAACAGACGGCGCUUAAAGUGUCGUUGAAAUGUCCGAUAACCUUCAAGAAGAUCACCCUCCCGGCCCGGGGCCACGAGUGUAAACACAUACAGUGCUUCGACUUAGAGUCGUAUCUGCAACUAAACUGCGAGAGGGGCUCGUGGCGAUGUCCGGUCUGCAAUAAGCCAGCUCAGCUGGAAGGGUUAGAAGUGGAUCAGUACAUGUGGGGCAUCCUGAACACCUUGAACACGUCUGACGUCGACGAAGUGACCAUCGACAGCGGGGCCAACUGGAAAGCUACCAAGAUAUCCGCCAACCCCGGCAUCAAGCAAGAAGACGACAGCAACGACAACAGUGGGAAGAGAAGCAAAGCGGUGUCCCCGGGCUCCAUGAACAUGCCCACCAUGAACAACUGGGACAUGACCCAGGCUCUGUCGCCCUACCUGCCGCCCGACAUGAACACCAUCGCCAGCGGGUCCAUGAUCUCAUACAACCAGGGAGGACAGAACAGGAACUCGGGCUCCAGCAACAACAACUACGACUUCGGCAUCAACAGCGGACCCAACAGCAACGAGUUCGCCGGCAACGGACCGCUCGCACACCUCAACGACAGCGUUAACUCGCUCGACCCCUUGAACGCCAUGGAGAAGACCCUCAACGAACAGAUGCCCCACACACCCCACACCCCCCACACGCCGGGGUCCGCUCACACCCCGGGCGGAGGAGCGACCCCGGGCUCCAGUCACACGGGGCCCCCCUCGGUGGACCGGCACCCCCUCACGGACGUCGACAUCCCGGCCGACCUGAACUUCGACCCCGCAGCGGUCAUCGACGGAGAGGGCACCGACAACUUGAAUCUGUUGCCGGAGACCAGCGUGGACCCCAUGGAGCUGCUGUCGUACCUGGAGGCGCCGGCGCUGGGCGAGCUGCUGGCCACUCCGCCGUCGUCGUCGUCGUCCGCGGGCAGCCUGGCGCCGCGCGCGCCGUCCUCCGACGACCUCCUCGCUCUGUUCGAGUGAGCCGCCGCCCGCGGCACGAUUGUGAUACUAGCUUAGUUCCUCCGCCACCACGUUGAUGCAACGCGGCCUUUUAAUGUUAUAUAUAGUUAAUGUCGGCCGCACGCGCGCUCACACGCGGACGCGGGUUGGACACCGACCGUCCCGUGUCCGCGGCCCGUGUGCGGCUGCCGAUUGUAAAUAAUGAGAGAGUUUAUUUUAUUGAUAUUUGUUACGACCGCGAGUCGCGGCCGCCUGUACAUAUAGAGGUCGGCGGGGUCGCCGGGGUCCGCGGGGGGGGCGGAUCUUAUAGUUCCUAUUAAAGCGAGUGAACUAUAUCGUUCAAUUGCCUAAUAAUGUUUAAUAUUCCUCGACGUCUUCGCAAGUUCUGCAUUUUUAAAUCGUAAGAUAUAGAUGACUCGCUUCUGGGGUGAUACGUCGGCAACGGGUCGUCCCACGGACUCGCCGUCCGAGCGGACGAGGCGUGUGCGCGAACGCGACCUCUGUUAAAUUAUUUUGCGUUAUGUGAAACGAAGAAUGAUACAAAUAUAUUUUGAUUUCUAUAAAAAAAGAUUAAUGAACUGUAUUAUUUGUAAAUAAGAAUCUAGCUAAGUAUAUUAUAUGAUCUAGUUAUAACUAGGAAAACAUGGCAGAUACUUAUACGACGGCCAGUCUUAGCGUAGUACCUAUUACUAAAUUAAAAUCUACACAUGGUUUUACAUGUACAUAGAAGUUACGAACGCCAGCCGACGCAGGCGCGGAGUGCGGCGCGGGCUCGCGUCACCGUUUCUAGUGAAAUUUAUUAAAGAAAUAAUAGCGUGACAUCAACACGGCCAUCACAUACAGCCACCACCCAGCACACGAGGCCGCACUCCGCGCGCUCUCAUACAUAAAUUCCAGGUUGUUUGUAUAUCAGUAGUCUCUCUCAAUGUGUGCUCAUCCUGACCGUUCGCCGCUAGUCUCGCCGCCCGCGACCCAACCAGAGCAAUAACGAUAGCUUCAGAUUAUUAUCACUAGUUGUUUAAAUCAUAGUUUAUACGGAUUGUUGAUACCUCGCGCGAACACCGCGAUGAGCAUCGCAUUGACGACAUCUUGUUUCACGUAUUUUCAAAUGAACGGUUUUCUUUCUUCGGGUUUCUGUGACGGAGUUAGCUGUUCCACAGACCUGCACGAAGCCGAACAUCAACGCUUCCGAUGAACCUAAAUGGAAUUAAGUUCCCGUCAGACAGUCCUUCGACGCCUUGUAGAGCACAGCCGGCGGUCGCCACGUGCUGUGGCAUAUUUAAUGUUCCCGCGAUCUGACCUCGCGGGGCCGUCCGUCUGAGUCACUCGAGUUAAGCAUCGCUUCAAUCGAUGAUCCGUUGAUGGACUGUAUGUAAUCUCUUCACUAACUUUUUGUAAAAAAUAUAAUGUUUUGUUAACGUUCACUUGCUGCGUGGACGCGUCCUUAGUGUUAGUCGACUGUUACGGAGACGGUAACAUGUUAGCUUUGUACGAGGCGGUGGUCAAUUACUCCACGUAGGGAAGAGCGUCGCGGAGUCCCGGGUCUAGUUGACCACGGCUUUUUAACUUUAAAAUACAUACUUUUAAGGGACCUUCAAUUCCACUUAGCUAGUGCUAUUUAUGGUAGAUUGUCGCCUUUGGAUGAAUCACGUCGAUUUUUGUGAGACCAAUUAAUAAAAAAUUUUCUACAAUUUUACCUCCGUAGGGUAAACGACGUUUGUUUUUAUAAAAUUUAAAUAUAAUAAAAAAUAUAGUAGCAUAUCACGUACGCCGAAGACAAGAAUCGAGGCAAAGGAUUCAUCCAAUAGAGUGGCACGUUACGAGAUGUUUUGUUGAGCAUUGUACGGAACCGAUGUGGACUGCGACACGAGGAGCAUUUGGAAAUAAGUGAAUGAGAGAGGAGUUAAGGAACCGGCUGAACCUACCGUAGAAUAACUUCAAUUUAAAACAUUUUAAUAAUCUGGUUGAUGAAAUUAAUUUCAAAAUGUAUAAAAUGGGAAAAAAAAAACACAUAACAUUUUUAUGUUAUUGAAAAUAAAAUGAAUCUAAAAAAAUAUUAA